AUGACCUUCCGACGACAGUUACCCUACAUCACCCUCCGACGACAUUACCCUACAUCACCCUCCGACGACAGUAACCCUACAACAACCUCCGACGACAGUUACUCUACACCACCCUCCGACGACAGUUACCCUACAUCACCCUCCGACGACAGUUACCCUACACCACCCUCCGACGACAAUUACCCUUUAUCACCCUCCGACGACAGUUACCCUAAAUCACCCUCCGACGACAGUUACCCUACUUCACACUCCGACGACAGUUACCCUACAUCACCCUCUAACGACAGCUACCCUACAUCACCCUCCGACGACAGUUACCCUACAUCACCCUCCGACGACUGUUACCCUACAUCAUUCUCCGACGGCAGUAACCUAUAUCACUCUCCGACGACAGUUACCCUACAUCACCCUCCGACGACAGUUACCCUACACCACCCUCCGACGACAGUUACCCUACAUCAUUCUCCGACGGCAGUAACCUAUAUCACUCUCCGACGACAGUUACCCUACAUCACCCUCCGACGACAGUUACCCUACAUCACCUUCCGACGACAGUUACCCUACAUCACCCUCCGACGACAGUUACCCUACAUCACCCUCCGACGACAGUUACCCUACAUUACCCUUCGACGACAGUUACCCUACACCACCCUCCGACGACAGUUACCCUAUAUCACCCUCCGACGACAGUUACCUUACAUCACCCUCCGACGACAGUUACCCUACAUCAUCCUCCGACGACAGUUACCCUACAUCACCCUCCGACGACAGUUACCUUACAUCACCCUCCGACGACAGUUACCCUACAUCACCCUCCGACGACAGUUACCCUACAUCACCCUCCGACGACAGUUACCCUACAUCAUCCUCCGACGACAGUUACCCUACUUAAAGUAA